AAAUGGCGGACGCUUGAUCCCUGAAUUUUUGAUGGUCAUUUCAAAGGAGUUUUUAGGCUGAUAAAAUGAGACUUAAAGAACUCGAAGGUUAUUUGCAGCAAGUUGAGGUCUUUAAGAAUCCCAAGGUUGAGUUAGAACAAUAUCCUACGACGCCGCACAUCGCUUCUCACAUGUUAUACACAAUAGAUCAGACUUAUGAUGAUAUUGAAGGCAAAAUGAUUGCAGACAUUGGAUGCGGUUGUGGUGUUUUAAGCAUUGGUGCUUGUAUGCUUGGUUGUUCUACUUGUGUUGGAUUUGAUAUCGAUCAAGAUGCCCUAGAGACUGCUAGCAAGAACUGUCAAGAGUUUGAUAUUGAUAAUUUAGAMCUAGUUCAGAUUGACAUCACACAGGCAAAAGACUUCUUUUGUGAUAGAAAGCCAUUUGAUACAGUUAUUAYGAACCCUCCUUUUGGAACCAAGAGUAAUAAUGGGAUUGACUUGACCUUUGUGCACACAGCACUUUCAAUGUGUACAACAUCUGUAUAUUCCUUACACAAGACUGCCACAAGAAAACACAUUGCAAAGAAAGCUGCYGAGUGGGGCGUUGAGAUGGAUGUACUGGCAGAAUUAAGGUUCAAUUUAGCUAAGACUUAUAAAUUUCAUAGUAAAAAGUCUGUAGAUAUAGAAGUGGAUUUUAUACGAUUCAGUUUAUGAUUUAUUUUUUUUUCAAGAWAGUUAUUAAAAUCAUUGAUUGAACUCAGGUAUUCAUCGAGAUACAACCAAAUGUGGACUUUGUCCUUAUUGCUCAUGCUAAUACUAAACUUUAAACUAAAGCUUCGGACGCCCAUCUAUGUCAUCUCUACGUUCCCUGUCAAACGGCCAAUGUCAACGUCAGCAUUUUCUAAUCAGGAUGUAAAACUAGUUGUUAACAAGCUGUGUUGGUGCGUGGUUGUUCUGAUCACCAUUAAGGAAAUACGAAACUUUAUACUCGA